CAUCCAGUUUAAAAAUGUUCAUUGUGUUAGUGGCAUACUUUCUCCUGUUAGUGGCUGAUGCAACAGUGGUGCUUGAUGUCAACACUACUGUUGGUGAAUCAACGGUACUCCCAUGUUUCCUAAAGACCCCAACUCUCACUGACUUAAAGAAUCUACGCUUUUACUGGCAAGAUGAAGGAAAGUGUGUUUUGUACUCUUUCAAUGAAGGAAAGGAGAUGCCAGAGCAUGUAAAUGAACUUUAUCGAGACAGGAUCACAGCUUUCCAACAGGACAUGAUUAGAGGAAAUAUUUCAGUCAAAGUUAAAAACAUAACACUUAAAGAUAACCAAAAGGUUUUCCACGUUUUUGCAGCAGUUUUUGAUUCAGAAGGGAUAAGAAGAUACAUUCUUGAACACAGGAAAAUCUGCCAGAUUACUCUACAUGUUGCAGUUCCUUACAAGAAUGUCAGCCUGACUGUAAACAAAGAAACAAUGACUGCAGUCUGCACUACACAAAGAGGAUUCCCUGAGCCUUUGGUAAAGUGGAGACUCUCAGACAAAUCCCAACACCUUGUAGACCUGAGGGAUGUACACACUACAGCGGUGCAGGACCCCAAAGAUCAGCUCUACAGUUUUUGCAGCACUAUAGAUAUCCAUGGAGGUCGAUCUGUGACCUGCUUGAUCCACAACCCUACCCUAAAUGUGACUUUGAUCGCCACCCACGUUUUAAACAAAGGUGAGGCAGAGAGGAGCCUCCCUGGCUGGGCUUUUGGUCUGGUAGUGGCUGCUGCCGUUCUGAAAGCUUGAGCUGGGGUUCAUAGCACAUCAAAAAGUCACUCUGUAGAUCAGAUGUCCCACCUGGUACCCAGAGAGCUGCAGAGACCUGGGAGUCCUCAUUGUGCUGAUGGGGUGGACAGAUGUGGAAAGGCCUUCUCUCCUUCUGUUUACUGUUUAAGUAAUUAUGCAGUGUAUUUCUGUGUGUGCAGGAGUAUUUUUACUUUCUACCUUAUACUUUAAGAUAAAUAAGGAGCCAUACACACAGUACCCAUAUACUAUAUAACAGAGCCUGAAGUUUCUGCAGAGUGCCUUGUUUGCUGUUCUGAUUUAAGGUCUCAGACCUGAUUGAAUGCACAUGUAGGAAAUAGGUGAGUCUAUACAAUGUAAGCGACACAAGACCUUCUAAGAGGUUGCAGUAAAUUACACCACCUGCAGGGCUUCAAAACUAUUCAGUGUGCAGAUAAUUCUUUGUUUUUCACAACAGAUGAACUUCUCAGUCAAUGUCACA